AUGAUCUGUACUGAGUGUUCGCACUGCAAAGCUUUGCAUUUCGUCCAAGAACGCCUCUUGAGCAGUUCUGCGGCAAGGCCGAUGUUUUCCACAUGCUGCAAGAAGGGAAAGCUGUCAUUGCCCCUUCUUCCCGACCCUCCAGCUCUUCUGCGCUCUCUUCUCAUCGAUGAUACUCAAAGGUCCCGCCGCUUCCGUAAGAACAUUCGAGCAUACAAUGCAGCGCUGUCUAUGGCAUCUGUGGUCGCCAAAUGGGUGAACAGAGGGCCCGGCCCUUCCAAUUUUAACCCAACAAUGACGAUGCAGGGCGAGAUGUACCAUUACAUGGGUCCCAUGAUGCCAUCCGAGGGGCGGGUGCCUUCCUACGCUUCCGUUUACAUUCACGACACUGACUACGCCACCCAGACGAGUACAAGGCUUGGAAACUCUACACGACUGGAAGAGGCAUUGAUAAUGCAACUGACGCACAUGCUGCACGAAUGCAACCCCUACGUGCAGACUGUUCUCAGUAUGCGAGAAUGGGCUCAAUCCCCUCAACCCAACACUCCAGCCCCGCGAGGGACUCUGAACAGUAACGGGAACGAAGUGCUGGAUCCGAUUUCAGUCAGUCAUCGUGCAUACGAUCCGUUGAGUUACGUGCUUUUGUUCCCGAACGGUAGAGAUGGAUGGUAUCCAGAGCUUCGAUUCUUCAGUGAUGACGACGGCAGACGUACCAAGAUUACUCCGAUGAUGUACUACGGAUGGCAUUUGUUCGAAAGAGCAGGCGAGUUCAGCACAAUCUUGCACGCAGCGCGACUCUUUCAGCAAUAUUUGGUUGACCAGUUCUGCAAAGUGGAGGCAGAAAGGCUUUCGUAUCUCCGCCACAACCAGACACAGCUUCGAGCCGCCGACUACACCUCACUGCGCGACAGCCCAGGAGACUCCGGUCGUGCUGAAGAUGAAGCCGAUGCCGUGCCACUGCUGCCCAAUCAAACUUCUCAGGACAGACUGGAUCUGUGCGCACGUGUGUUUCGUCUGAAAAUGAAAGAUCUCAUGUCCUUGGUCAUCAACGAAGAAGUAUUCGGAACCGUUGUUGCCCAUGUACGAGUCAUCGAGUUUCAGAAACGCGGUCUUCCCCACGCUCACGUUGUAUUUUUCCUAGAUGAAGUCUCCAAGAAUGAUAUGCGUACUCCCGAAAACGUCGACCGCAUUAUCUCUGCCGAGAUCCCGUCUGCCCAAGAUCCAGAACUCCAAGAGGUCGUGCUUAAGCAUAUGAUUCACAAUCCAUGUGGAGAACGCAAUCCAACAGCCGUGUGCAUGGGCGAGCAGUACUGCAGGAAACGGUUUCCAAAACCGAUCAAACACGAAACCAGCCAGUCCGAAAGUGGCGUCUCCAUCGAGCGUCCCUCCCGUAUUGGCCGACGACAGCAAUCCGUCGUGGUCGACAACUCCUGGUUCGUGCCCCACAGUCCUCUACUUCUAAGAUCGUUCGCUUUGCAUUUGAAUGUGGAACUCUGCGUGUCACGCGUUGGCGGAAUCAGGUACCUCUUCAAGUAUGUGUGCAAGGGACAAGACCGAGUGACCAUGGAAAUCACUGCCAAAAACGAGUGCUACGACGAGAUCUCGAACUUCCAAGAUGCCAGAUACGUAGAGCAGGAGGCGGCGCUUCGACCGGCAUCAGGUACGAAGCUGACCGAGUGGUUCAAAUCCAACGAAAAUUACCCAAGCGCGAGGCAUAUUCGGUACCACAAGUUUCCAAAGUACUUUACGUGGAAGAAAAGCAGCAAGUCAUGGACCUAUGAUUUCAGUGGCACGGGCGCCAACGUAGUCGGUCGAAUCUAUACUGUCAGUCCGAGGGAGGGUGAGCCCUACUUUCUUCGCCUCCUCAUCACACAGGUGCCGGGGGCAACAUCCUUCGAGAACUUGCGAAACAUCGACGGCGAGCAGUGCACCAGCUUCCGACAAGCGUGCUUACGACUUGGUUUGCUGGCCAACGAUGCCGACAGUUUCGCGAUGAUCACCACGCCACAGCUUACGUGCUUGGAGAGGUACAGGAGGCCCUGCAGACGGUGCGUUCCAACUGGACGCUCGCACACUUCGGACUCCCACUCCCCGAUGACAGCCUGCCCGCUUCGGAACAGACAAACGAGAUCCAGACACCCGAAGCACAAGCGCAGUAUAGGCUCCAUGCUUCCAGGCGUAUCCGUCUCGGCAUUGCUUCAAGGAUCCUCCAGCGCCGUUGCCGGACCUUCUAUGCCAACACAAAGUAGUCGUCUCUUCUUCCUCGAUGCUCCUAGCGGAACAGGCAAAACGUUCGUGCUCAGCGCCAUUCAAGACUUCCUUCGUUCGCGCCCCAAGCAAGUCAUCGCCGUCGCCACAUCUGCUGUUGCUGCAGUGUUGCUCGACGGUGGACGCACCGCUCAUUCCGUGUUCAAGAUUCCCAUUCCUGUAUCUGCUGAAAGCACUUACAACUUCUCCACAAACUCCGAUACCGGUCGUACAUUGCAACAAGUCGAUCUUAUCAUAUGGGACGAGAUCGUCAUGUGCUAUCGAAACUGCAUUGAGACUGUCGAUCGCUCCCUUCGCGACUUGAUGCAAGCCGACCGGCCCUUCGGAGGAAAGUUCCUCGUGCUCGCUGGAGACUUUAGACAAAUCCUUCCCGUCGUUCCGGGCGGGUCCAGAGGUCAAAUCGUGAGCGCGUGCGUCAAAUCUUCCCCGCUGUAUCGAGAGUGCCGAUUCCUGUGCCUUACCGAGAACAUGCGCCUCACUGCUCUCCAAGGGGACCCCGCAGCAGAUGUGGAGGCUCUCAACUUCCCACAGUUCCUCCUCAGCGUCGGGGAAGGCAGACUUCAAUGCGAUCAGCGCCCGGAAUGGAUCUCACUACCACAGUCCGUAGCGUUCGAGCACACCAUCCGCAAUUUAUGCCUCAAGGUCUUCCACGGCAUUCGAGACAAUCACGCCGACCCUACAUGGCUCACAAAGCGCGUUAUACUCACCACAAAGAACAGACCGCUCGAGCAGGUCAACGAAGUCAUCGGCAACAUGAUGCCGGGACCGUAUCGAACAUAUUUAAGCGCAGACAAGGUCGAGAGCGAAGACACCAACGCGCUGAUCUAUCCCACGGAAAUGCUCAACACCUUGACGGCCGGGUCUGAUCUACCAGACCACAAGCUCAAGCUCAAGAAAGGUUUCAUCGUCAUGCUUCUGCGCAAUCUCCAUCCCACUUCCGGUCACGUCAACGGCGCUCGAUAUGUCAUCGAGAAAAUGACCAACAACCUAUUCUUUCUACGCGUUACCUCGGGGUCACAUGAAGGCAACAGACUCUGCCUUCCACGAAUGCCCUGCAGACCAGGUGACGACAAUUUCCCAUUCCUGGCUUUACUCGAACGUAGUUCCCCAUUCGCACGUGCUUCGCCCUUACAACGAACAAAGCCCAAGGCCAGUCCUUCGGUGGCCGCAUUGGUCUCGACCUACGAGAUCAUUGCUUCUCGCACGGUCAAAUCUACGUCGCAUUAUCGAGGACUACUCACUCUAGCAACGUCACUAUCCUCACUCGAGAGUCCGAUGCAACAACGCGAAACGUAG